ACAACCCAGUAGUACUAUAUUAAUUUAUUUUAUAUUAAGGAAUAUAAAUAAUACUCCUGUGUUAAGCACGUUAACAAAUAAAAAUGCAUGCUUUAUGCUUUUCAUAUUUCUAAACAUUUCGUUGCCACAGAUUGGUAUGCUACCAAAAACUGGAUUUCAUAUUAAAGAGUUCAUUCUUUAUUUUUGAGAGGUGAUAUGAAGCAAAGUAUUAAUAAUUUUGCUAACCCAUCCUCAAGAUCCAGUGGGAAUUCUCACAAGGCUCAAAAUUGGAGUUGCAUGAAUUUCUUACUGUCAUACUAAUGAAGAGCUGACUUUGUCAUUUCUGCCAGUUUCUUUGUUUGAGAUGGAACAGAAUGGCACACUCUGUAGGACAAAGCACUGGGCCUUACAUGAAAGUUCAUUCCUUCACCAUGAGAUGUGAAAUGAAGAAAUUUAUGGGGCAUGGUUUCUGCCAUCCUGUCUUUGGGGGCCAGUGGAAAUUCUCAGGAACAAAGACAAUAUUGGGCCAAAAUGAGAUGUGUGAUCGAAAGAAUGCACCUGAGACCUCAACAGUAUGUCCUGUAGGAAUAUACUUGCUAUACUCCCAAGGACCCGUGACCAUAGACCCCAGAAUGGAAGGGCAGUUGUUCACACCUGUCUUCUUAACUCUCAAUUGCCAUUUUCAAAGUAUGAGCCGACAACUUACUUCUGAAGUCUUCAUUCCUACCUAUGGUCUCUUGGAUACUCUCACAGAUGACUUUCUGGGAAGUCUUCUGGGAGUGAGUGGCACCAUUAAAUCCCUGAAAGAAGGCUUCUCCAACAAAGAGCUCUUCACCUGCGUAUUUUGCAAGAGACACCCUCUGAAGGUGAUGACCACAAAGACAAGGUAUAUUUGUUACAGUUGGUGCCAUUACUUCUACCACCAGCUUCACCAAAACAAUGAUACAAUCUUCCUUAUGCACAGUCUCUUCUCUUUCCUGUGUGGCAGUGGAUGCCUCCUGCAGAUAAGAAAUGCUUAACUGAGAAAUGCUCAUGUUGGGAUACCAUCGAUGAGACUUUAAUUUGGGCAUGGUGACUGUUUCCCUUGCUGCCACUUGACUCAAUCCCAGGAGCCUCAGUAGAGGAAAUAAUAUUACACAAGAAGCUCAAAAUGAUGGAAUUGCUCAGUGCUCCCAUAAAGAUACAUUUAUAAUUUUCAUUUGCCAUGUGGUAAUUUUUUUAAAACUAGGAUACAGUCAAAAGAAACUCUGCAUGAUUUUUUUCAAAAACUCAACAUUUAAAUAAUUAAUAUAUAAAUUAAGUGCCCUCCUCUCUUUUAAUUCCAUCCCUACAGUUUUCUUCUCUUAAGGGAGGUAUGCACAUUCUUUUAGAGGACAGAUGUGCACAAACACACAAACUAUUUUUGGGAGGGGGUCUAGAAGUGGGGCAUAUUGUAAUACAUUCUCCUGCAAAUUGCCUCUUUCAUUUAAUAGUCUUCAGUGGGCUUUUUCUAUUUCAGUAAUACAUACAUAUCUGUGCCAUUUGUUGAAUGACUGCAUGACUGUUUUGUAGAUGAAAUAUAAUUAAAUGUUUUAAGCAUUUCUCAUUCAUAGAUAUUUAUGUUAGUACCAAAUUUCUGUGCAAUGAACCUCCCUAUAUAUCAACAAUUUUGCAUUUGUUUAUUAUAUCAUAAUAAAAUUACUAAGCAGUUGAAUAACUGGAAUUAAGAAUA